AUGACCGUUUCAGCUGCAAUGAGUGACCUCCCAGAACCUUACAUAUCUGCUGUAAAUGAUUUCCGUUCAGACACUUUCACAACUCCUACGCCAGAGAUGAUGCAGGCAGGUAUGCAAGCAUCGAUCGGUGACGCCGUGUACAAUGAGGACGUGGACACAAUUGCCCUGGAACGUCGGGUGGCUCAAAUGGCCGGAAAAGAAGCAGGUUUGUUCUGCGUUUCCGGAACGCUUUCAAACCAGAUCGCGUUGCGUUGCCAUCUCAUGCAGCCUCCAUACUCGAUUUUGUGCGACUACAGAGCCCAUGUCUACACACACGAGGCGGCCGGGCUUGCCAUCUUGUCGCAGGCCAUGGUGGUGCCAGUGAUUCCCUCCAACGGCAACUACAUGACGCUUGAAGAUAUCAAGCGUCAUUACGUGCCAGACGACGGAGACAUCCACGGCGCUCCUACCAAAGUGUUGUCGUUGGAGAACACUUUGCACGGAAUCGUGUAUCCGCUCGAAGAGCUGGUUCGUAUCAAGGCAUGGGCCAUGGAAAACGACAUCAAGCUGCACUGUGAUGGAGCCCGGAUCUGGAACGCUGUGGCAGAGACUAACGUGCCCUUGAAGCAGUUUGGAGAAAUCUUUGACUCCAUCUCCAUUUGUCUGUCCAAGUCGCUCGGGGCCCCCAUGGGUUCCGUUUUGGUGGGAGAUUUCAAGUUCAUCAAAAAAUGUAACCAUUUCAGAAAACAGCAGGGUGGUGGUAUCAGACAGUCCGGAAUGAUGUGCCGGAUGGCCAUGGUGGCCGUGGAGGGCAACUGGAAGGAAAAACUACAGCGUUCGCACCGUAUGGCGCACGAUUUGGCCGCUUUCUGUCGCACCCACAACAUUCCCUUGGAAUCUCCAGCUGACACUAAUUUCGUUUUCUUGAACUUGCAAAAGGCGAAAAUGAACCCUGACAUCUUGGUGAAAAAGGGUUUGAAAUACCAUGUUAAGCUCAUGGGCGGCAGAGUGUCGAUGCAUUACCAGAUCUCCAGCGACUCUUUGGAAAAAGUCAAAUUGGCGGUCCUAGAGGCGUUCCAGCACGCUCAAAAGCAUCCUUUCGACUCGGACGGGCCUACCAAAAUCUACCGUAGCGAAUCCACCGAGGUCGACAUCGACGGAAACGCUAUCGGCGAGAUCCAGACCUACAAGUACUAA